AUGGGUGAUAUCCCCAAAUCGUUGUCGGAGGCCUUCUGGGAGGCGCAGCGAGGAGGUGAGCUGGUCGCGGAGGGGCCCCCAGUCCACUGCCGGGCGCCGUCGCAGCAGCAGCAGCAGCAACCGCCGCGGCCACACGUCACAGAUAGCAGCUGGGCUCACAGCUACUCGGCGCGUCCCGGAGAAAAAGCAGUCAUGGAGAUCGGGGUGCGGCUGAUCGGCCUGCUGCAGCUGCUAUUGCGGCUGAUGUUGCGGCCCCUGCAGUACCUGCGUUCCCUGAGGCCGGCUCCGCGCCUGCCGCCCAUACAGAGCCGCCUGCUCUUCCACAGCGCCUCCCACCUGGCAAAGCUCAUCCGCACGCAGCAGGUGAGCAGCGAGGAGGUGGUGCGGGCGUACGUGGAGCGUAUCCGCGCGGUCAACCCUUUUCUGAACGCGUUGGUGGAGGGGCGCUUUGAGGCGGCUGUGGAGGAGGCGCGGGACGCGGACCGCCUGGUAGCCCAGCGCGGUGCCGCGGGGGACCUGCACAAGCUGCCGCCGCUGCACGGAGUGCCCUUCACUGUCAAAGAGAGCUGCACACUCAAAGGAAUGAGCUGCUGUGUUGGUUCUGUCCCAAGAAAAGGUAUGAAGGCAGACAAAGAUGGGCAGGUGGUUGCUCUAAUGAAAAAGGCUGGAGCUAUUCCAUUAGCAGUAACAGCCACACCAGAAUUAUGCCUUAGUUGGGAAACAAAUAAUCUCAUCACAGGAAAAACAUGUAAUCCAUAUGAUCUUCUCAGAACCAGUGGUGGAUCUUCUGGGGGAGAGGCUGCUCUGUUAGGAGCUGGAGCAUCUGUUAUAGGUGUUGCUUCUGAUAUUGCUGGCUCUAUCCGCAUACCUGCUAUGUACAAUGGAAUUUUUGGCCACAAACCUACUCCAGGGUAUAUAUCAAUUGAAGGACAUUAUCCAAGUGCUACUAGUGAUGAGUUCAAGCACUACCUAACUGUGGGGCCACUUACACGUUAUUCUGAAGAUUUGAAACCAGUGUUAAAAGUAAUGGCUGGUGAGAAAGCAUCUGGUCUUAGACUAGAUGAGGAAGUUAACAUGAAGGAUUUAAGAGUCAUUUAUAUGGAAGAGGCAGGAUUCUCAUUUGUUAUAUUACAUUUAGACAAUGAGAUCAGAAAAGUAUUACAAAAAGCUGUUAAUUUUUUGCACAAGAAAUUUGACAUACCUGUUCAGAAGGGGAAUAUUGAAGAAAUGUCAGACUCUGUAGAAAUGAGUGCAGCUGUUUUCUUUGGAAUGCCAGGAAUACCAAAUUUAUUGCAAAAAGAAGAUAAUCCAAAGGAGAGCCAUAAUCUAUUUGUGGAAAUACUGAAGUCAAUAUUUGGUAUUUCAAAGUACUCGCCAGCAGCACUGGCCUUCUAUUUGUUGAAGGAAAUGAAUGUGUUAAUACCACGUUACAAAUACAAUGAUUACUGUGCUCAGAGAAAUGCUUUAAGGAAGAAAUUUGUGGAUAUUUUAGGAGACAGUGGGGUAUUUAUAUACCCAACCCAUCCAACAGCAGCCAUAUAUCACAAUGAUUCAUACAUAAAGACUGCUGGUGUUUUGUAUACAAUGGUAUUUAAUGUCCUUGGUAUGCCAGCAACACAUGUACCACUCGGACUUAACAGUGAGGGACUCCCAAUUGGCAUACAGGUGGUCGCAGCUCCACACCAAGACAGGCUUUGUAUUGCUGUAGCACAAGAAUUGUCAAAGGAAUUUGGUGGCUGGGUACCACCACCUGAAAGCAGUUGUUAACAUAGUAUUUCUGCACAUCACAAUGUAAUUAUAUUGUAAAUAAUUAUGUAUAAUCUCUCUCUCUCUCUCUCUCUGUGUGUGUGUGUGUGUGUGUGUGUGUGUGUGUGUGUGUGUGUGUGUGUGUGUGUGUGUGUUUGUUCUGCUGCACAUGUGCAUGUGAUUUUGUGCAAAUAAAAUAAUAAAAUGUGUAAAACACCAAAAUUAAAAAUUGUGUACCAUGUUUGCGUCAAUAAGUGUACUGUGGUUGUGUCAAUAAAAUAUGUUUAUUUAG